GCGAUUUGCGGAUCCUUAUUCGCCCAGGAGACCGUAUUCGGAUGGAUCCUCACUGGCCCCAUUCCAACCAAAGCUCCAAAGUCCUUCUCUACAUGUGUAUCGUACUUCUGCGAAAUUUCUUUAGAAAAAAGUCUUCUGAAAUUUUGGGAGGUGGAGAAUAUUCCACAACAGCGUGUAAUGUCCAAAGCAGAUAGACAAUGUGAAGAAAUUUAUCAGAGAACGACAACUAGAGAUGGGAAUGGAAGGUAUACUGUUUCGCUUCCGUUUAAAGACGAAUAUUCCGAUUCACUAACCUUAGGUCAGUCGAGAAAAGGUGCGAUGGCCCAAUAUAUUCGGAAUGAAAGUCGUCUGCUAAAAAAUCCAGAAUUGAAAAGAGAAUAUGAUCUUAAUAUUGAAGAGUACGUCAAACUAGGACAUAUGAUUCCUGUUCUACCUCCUACAAUCUCAGAAUUUCCCGAUCACUACUAUUUGCCGCAUCAUGCUGUUGUGAAGCCAGAUAGUUCUACCACUAAAGUCCGUGUGGUUUUCAAUGCUUCUUACGCAACAUCGAAUGGUACAAGUCUAAAUGACGUUUUGUAUACUGGUCCAGCCUUACAGAACGACUUGACUAUUCUCAUCCUUAAGUGGCGUUUUUAUCGCUAUGUUUUCAGUGGUGAUAUAGAGAAAAUGUAUCGUCAAAUCCUUGUGUCUCCUUCUCACACCCACUUUCAGAGAAUCCUGUUCCGCCAGAAUCCAACUGAACCAAUAAAGGAUUACGAGUUGAAAACUGUAACCUUUGGUGUUAACUGUGCACCGUAUCUUGCGAUACGUACGAUGAUUCAACUAGCCAAUGACGUCCAUGAUUCAUAUCCAUUAGCUAGUCAUGUUUUGAAGAAUUGCAUGUAUGUGGAUGAUGCCCUUGCAGGGGCACAUGACAUACACACAGCAAUUUCAACCGUACGUGAAUUAAUCCUAUCUCUGAAGUCCGCAGGAUUCAACAUGCGAAAAUGGACCUCCAAUUCAACAACAAUUCUCUCGGACUUGUCACCCGAUGAUCUUCUUAAUGAUGGCUUUUUAGACUUUAACGCACAUUGUGCAGCUAAAAUGUUAGGCAUUCGUUGGAAUGCGUAUUCUGAUCAGUUUUAUUUCUCCUCCAUUGCAUUUUCUCCCCAUACUUAUACCAAACGAGAGGUUCUUUCCCAAAUAUCAAAACUAUUUGAUCCUGCUGGCUGGAUUUCGCCGGUCAUUGUAUUAGCCAAGAUAAUUAUGCAAAAAAUAUGGCUAGAUAAAGUGGGUUGGGAUGAAGAGAUAUCACCAGAAUCAAUUGACUUAUGGAAAGCAUUUCAGUCUUCAUUUUCUUCCAUCAAUGAGAUUCGUGUUCCACGUUGGUUUAACUUUGUCCCAGACCAUGAAAUUGAAUUCCACGGGUUUUCGGAUGCAUCAGAAAGGGCUUAUGCCGCAGUACUAUACAUUCGAAUUGUUUCUCCAACUACUGUGUACACCCACUUAGUGGCUUCCAAAACGAAAGUAGCACCGAUUAAGUCCCUAUCUAUUCCUAGACUGGAAUUAUGUGCAGCUACUCUCCUUGCUGAGCUAAUUGACAAUUUAGUGCCUCAAUUCGACGUUCACCGUCACUCAUUACAUUGCUGGACGGACUCCACCAUUGUGAUUUCAUGGUUAGCAAAACAACCAUGUCAUUGGAAUACUUUUGUGGCAAAUCGAAUUUCUAAAAUCAUCCAAACUGUCGAUCCACCAAAAUGGCACCACGUCAGUUCAGAGGACAACCCCGCCGAUCUCGCGAGUAGAGGUGUCUAUCCACAGGAUCUAAUCCAAAAUGAUCUUUGGUGGAGAGGUCCUGCAUGGUUAUCUGAAUUUGACACUCCUUGGGAAAAUUACUCUAAUCAAGAUGUCCAACCAACUGAAUUAGAGAAGAAGUCGAGCUCUAAGGAUUAUGGCGUAUGUAUAUCGUUUUAUAAAUGGUACUCAUCCACGAUAUAAGACCAAUAAUAGACGUUAUGGUAACGUCAUAGAAGCUCAAGAAAUCAUCCAUGUUCGCUCAAAGCUGAUAUCCAUAUACCAAAGGCUAUUUUACCCAAAUGAGUACAUGGCGCUGAGUAUCCAAAGACCGAUUCCUUCUUCUAGUAAACUAUUGAGUUUGAAUCCCUUCUUAGAUUCCGAAGGUCUAAUGCGAAUUUGCGGUCGACUUGAAGUAUGUCCAGAGUUAUCCUACAACGAGAGACAUCCUAUAAUUGUUCCAUACAACUGUCAAUAUUCCAAACUAUUAGUCCAAUAUAUCCAUUUGAUAAGUCUACACGGGGGCAAUCAACUUGUCCUCCGAUUGGUCCGUACACAAUACUGGAUACCAAAGGUUCAAAAUCUUAUAAAAUCCAUUAUACGAAAUUGCAAGAUCUGUGUCAUAUAUAAGAAAAGAUGCCAAAAGCAGUUGAUGGCUGCAUUGCCUCCAGAAAGAUGUGAAAUAUCCCGACCAUUCACACAUACCGGUUUGGAUUUUGCAGGACCUUUUGAUAUCAAGAGCUAUACUGGAAGAUAUUGUCGGAUUACCAAAGGAUAUGUGUGUGUGUUUGUCUGUUUUUCCACAAAGGCAAUUCACCUUGAAGCAACAUCCGACUUAUCCACAUCCAAUUUUCUGGCAGCUUUUAACCGUUUUGUUUCCCGUCGUGGCUGCCCACUCCAUUUGCACUCUGACAACGGAACUACGUUUGUCGGAGCUUCCAAGAGGAUCGCAAAAGAUUUUAUCGAUACCUCGAAUCAAGCUCUAAUGUCUAAUUACGCCCACCAAAAUUUGACAUGGCAUUUCAUACCUCCCGGAGCUCCUCAUAUGGGUGGACUCUGGGAAGCCGGCGUAAAAAGUUUCAAACAACAUUUCCGCAAAGUUGCUGGCAAUACAAAAUACACAUACGAAGAAUUUCAAACCUUACUGACUAAAAUUGAGGCGUGUCUAAACUCUAGACCAAUAUCCCCAUCUUCUCAAAGCCCAUCAGAUUUCACCGCAUUGACUCCUGGACACUUUUUAAUCGGUUCUCCUAUACUAUCUCCCUUAGAACCAGAAAUUUCCCAGUCAUCCAUUUCUAUUCAAAAUCGCUGGCAACGACUCCGAUCAAUGUAUCAACAUUUUUGUAGCAGAUGGAAGACUGAAUAUCUGAAGGAACUUCAUAAAAGGACUAAAUGGAAAAGUCCAGAACGCGAUGUCGAAGAAAAUAUGCUGGUGGUUAUUCAGGAAGAAAAUCUCCCUCCGACCUGUUGGCGUUUGGGCAGAGUGAUUCGUGUCUAUCAUGGCAAUGAUCAGAAAGUGCGCGUUGCUGAUAUUCUCACUCAGAAGGGAAGAAUCACCCGGCCAAUUACAAAGCUGGUCAUCUUACCAGAUAACCAGUCUUAGACUUUAUCCUCAUACAAAGCCUGAGACAAAUAAUUUUUCCAUUUUCUAUUUUAGUUCAAUUCAAUUCCAUUCUUCUUUUUUUUAAUUCAUUCCUUUUUUUCAGUUCUUUA